AUGUCUAAUAUUCUAAGGAUAUAUCUUCCUCCCCAUCUGGGAAUCGAACCCAGGUCUCCCGCGCUUGGUAUCCAGAGGAUGACAAGCGGAAAUCAUAGCUAUCAGAUAGUUAGAACCGUCAAACUCGGUACCAAUGAGGACUUUGAUUGGAUGGAAGAUGGAGUGGGUAUAGAUGUACUAGUAGGUUCAGAAAAUGAGGAUGCUGAUUAUUUUCUGCCGUAUAUGGAUCCCAUCAAUGGGGUGAUUCCCACCCCGCCCAGACUGACCAGCAUUAUGACGAUUUACCGACCGCUAUCCAGUGGCACGACCAUCCGCCUGCUCUGUCUUCUUCCUGGCGACCACGAUGAACCUGUUCGAAUCCAGCUAGAGCCCCACCAACUGGGCACGACACCUUACGAAGCAACGUCGUAUAGAUGGGAGGGCCAGCCGACGGCGAUGAUGUGUGAUAAUGCACCUUUGGCGAUCGGGAAAAACGCAUAUGAUCUGCUACUAGUUCUACGCCUCCGGACACCUGAGCAAGGCCGCAUGUUGUGGAUGGAGUGUGUCUGUAUCAACCAGCAGGACACGAAAGAGAAGGAAGAACAGGUGAAGAUAAUGCAUCUCAUCUAUCGUGGUGCCAAGUCAGUGCUCAUUUGGCUUGGCCUGGAAAGCGCUGAACGCCAUCUCGCAAUGGCGCUCCGUAUAUUUCCCAGCUUGAUGCCAAGAAGUAUGUACGAGAACCCGCACUCUGGCAAUUCAGUGAAGACAUGUUUUUUCGACAGCUUGACAGAAAACUCAAGUGCUUGGAGUCUGGUCCAGGCAUUAUCUGCUUUAUUUUCGAGAUCUUGGCAUCGUCGAAUCUGGAUGCAGCAAGAAGCUGCCCUUUGCGAAGACACUUUCGUACUCUGCGGUGAUGAUACCGAAUCCUUUUCAGAGGAUUGCUCGUUCGUUGGAAAUCUGUCCUUUACCGAAGCAGAAUUGAACCAGCGUUGUGACUUCAUAACAAGAGAAACAUGGAAGCUGCUCUCUGACUGUUCAUUGUGCGAAGCUACUGAUCCUCGCGAUAUGUCCAAAAUUCAAUUCAAUGGAUUCUGUGUAACUAACUUUUUCUACGCGUAUGGGUAUCUCUGA